CAGCUCGAGACCGCCCUUGCUGCGCUCGUGCGUGCUCUACUGCCAUGUCUGCAAAGGGCAAGGAACCUGCCGUCAAGCUCGAGGACGACGUCGCCCUCUUCGACGACAAGGAACUCGACCGCAUCUUCAACCAAGAAGCCUCGCUCGUCUCGCGUGAACAAGAGGUCCUGCGCGUCCUCGCCGCCUUCAAGCUCAACCCGUACGAGAUCCUCGACCUCGACUGGAUGCCCUCAGCCACCGUCACCGACCAGGACAUCCAGCGCCAGUACCGCAAGAAGUCGCUCCUCAUCCACCCGGACAAACUCAAGCACCCGCGAGGCAUCGAGGCGUUCGACCUCCUCAAGAAGGCCCAAGUCGAGCUCGGCGACUCGACCAAGCGCAAGAACCUCGACGAGACGCUCAAGGACGCGCGCAUGCUCGUCCUGCGCGAGGUCGGCCUCCCUCGAGACGCGCCCGACGAUCACGAGCUGCUGCGCCCGCCAAAGAUGCGCGACCCAGACCUCAAGGAGCGCGUCAAGCGCAAGGCCAAGGAGAUCAUCAUCGACGACGAGCUGAGGAAGCGCAGGCUGCAGAAGAUGACGAUGAUCGCCGAGGGCGCCGAGGCCAAGCGGCAAGAGGACGCUCUCGUCGAGCGCAAGCGCAAGGCCGAGGAGAAGGAGCGAUGGGAAGAGACAAGGGAGGACCGAGUGCACGACUGGCGCACGUUCAACAAGAAGAAGAAGAAGAGCAAGAAGGGGCCAGAGGUGCUCGGCUGAGCUUCGGGGAGGAGGAGCGACUCGGAGAGACGGAGGAGAGGAGGGCGGCGUCAGGCUCUCCUGCCGCACUUGUACCUACAGCCCGAGUCGUUGAGCUUGCAUUCGACCCUGUUGUGCAGUCUC